AUGGCAACCAUGGCUUGCUCAAGCUUGAAUCUACUCAGCAGCCCUGUACUCAUCUGCAAGCCUCGGGUACGUGCGGUGGGUCCUGUGGUCCCAUGCGGGACGUUCAUGAAGCCCUACAGGGGCUACUCAAAGCUCUUUCAGAACAUAGGCAGCACUUUGUCAGAGGAGUUGGAGCUCACCUCCGCACCAAGCCAGCUGGGUUACGACAUGUUUCAUCCAUUGACAGAAGCCAAGGCCAAGAAAAGCGUUGGCAAGAGUACAAGGAUUGACUACCUUUUGGAGCUGGAGGUCCGUGCUCCGGAAUCCAAUGAUGCAGUCUUCAAAACCAUUGUCUGCGCUCGUCCUGACAGCUCCAUCCCGGACAUGACAAUUGCCGCCUUUCUGCAGCCUGGGCUGAGCGCAAGGCUCUCUCUGGAAAUGACUCCAGAUGUUGGGGGCGCGCCCGCAGCACUUGCAAGCUUUUUCGACGAGGCAGAUGGGCUGGCCAUUCUCCAACCCCAAACCAUCCAACACAACAUCAGGAGGGGACGGGUUGGAUUCCAGACUACCAAUCCCUUGCGAGACUUGCCCGCCUUUGAGAAGCUGGCCUGGAGCUUUACGGACACUCUCUGCAGCCAUGGAGUUGCGGUGGUCCUGUUGCCUCCAUUGAGCACAGCUCAAAGCCCAGACGCAUAUGCCACUAUUGGCAAGCUGCAAGGAGUGCUCAUUUCUGCUGGGAUUGCGUCCAUCCCAUCAUUGGAAGAGUACAUGGCCGUGAGUAUCAAAGAAGUGCAGUACCAACUGUGCGACCGCCUAAAACUGGAGCACAUCCCCUUAAAGGUCAUCACGUACACUGGUUCAGACUCGGCCGCAGACAUUGAGAAGGCUCUCAAAGAUUUACCCAGUGCCCCUGGCAUGUCAAUAUUGCACCCUCGCGCACAGCCAGGAGGGUACAUUCUGAAGCCAGGUGUUGGAGAUUGUGGGUCGGGUUUGAAGCAGUUCAAUAUGCCAGCCCGGAGGAAUGCGCUUGAAAGUCUGGUGCAACUUAUGUUGGCCCAUAUGCACAAGUACGUGGAGGAGGUGCGAGUGUGGUUGCUGCAACCCUUCUUCCCAACCUUCCCAAAAGCUGAGUAUAAGGUCUUUGUAACUCCACCUCCACUACAUGGCCCAGGGUCUAAGGGAGGUUUACAAGCGCUACUGGUAUACACACCAAUCUUUAAGGCUGGUACAUCCCCAGUGUACUGUGAAGAGGGCCAGAUCUUCAGUGAGCUGUUUGGUCCUGAUGGUAUGGCCGUGACGCCCCAGUAUCAGACGAGCCUUAGAGGUAGUCGAAGGCAGGAGCCGUGUCACAGCCUCUCUCAAACUUGGCACUCCCCUAAGCUGCACAAAGCCAUUCGUGAAUUUGCAACAAAAUGUGCAUCAGCCAUUGCCUCGGAGGAGGGCCUUAAAACUGCCGGACAAGUGUUCUUGCGGGCGGACGUCGUCUGCUUUUUUGAGGACGUAUCGGACGAGGAUUCACGGGCAUACAUGGUACACGAGCCUGUGGUCGUGCUCAAUGAGCUAGACAUUAUUGGGAGUGCAAGCUUGCAUUUGGAUCUCAUAGAUCCUGGAAGGGAUGGGCUCCGUCAAAUGAGGCCUCAUGGGAGCGCUAUUCCAGUUGAGCGCCAUCACUGCCAAAAGUACUGGGUUGCGCAUUUCAGCAGAUUAUUGGGGGCACGAUUGUUCGGUGAUAGGGUGUGGAGGGAAGCUCAGAUAGAACUCUGUCCAUAG